GGUUUCAUCCAAAGAUGGCCACGAUAUCUGUCAAACAGAAGUGAAACUUCUGAAAAGAAUAGGAAUAUACCCCGUCAUUUAACCUUCAUUUGGACUAUUUUGCUCGAAUUGACAUCCAUGCGGUUUUACUGGACACACAUUAUUAUGUUUUUCUGAGUUGUUUUUUCGUCCGACGCCGUUUUGUAUUGAAUACCAACCCGCCUUGCUCAACUGCUCUCUUUAAACAGAGCUAGCCGUCCUGCUAACCGCGGGGAGAUUCUUGUCACCCGGAAUAAUUUCGGGAACAUAUUUCCACUUUGCCACUCUAAAUAAAGCGCGACAGCUGGUACCGAUACUGUCACCUAAGAGUUUCUCGCAGGAAGCAGGUUUUAACGCCGAGGACGCUCGCGAGUUGCCAGGAUCAGCACUUCCGUCUACAUGUUUACGUCACUCGCUGCCAGUUAAGUUUGAUGUUUUUCCAUGAGCACUGUGUGGAGAGGACUUUGAUUUGCUUGUACCUUCUGUCCUAGCAAAUCAAUGGAGAAGCUUCAAGACCUCAACCAGUCCGAGUUGCAGGAUUUGCUGGACAACUCGGAGCGGGUGGAGUCUAUGGCACUAGAGUCUGAUGAGAUUCAGAACAUUCAGUUGGAGAGGGAGAUGGCUCUGGCUGCAAACCGCAGUCUGGCAGAGCAAAACCUGGACAUGAAGCCCCGUCUCGAAACAGAGAGGGCGCGACUGGUGGGAAAAUACUCUGAACUAGAGGAAGUGAGCGAGAAAUACAAACAGCACUGUGCCAUGAAAGAUAGUAUCAUGGGGCAGGUUUCUCCAGAGGGGCUGUUGUCUCGUCUGCAGACAGAGGGCACCAACACAGAGGAAGAAUCAGAGGUUUUAGCCGAUGAGUUUCUUGAAGGUUCGAUACCGCUGGACUCCUUCCUCGAACGCUUCCUUUCCCUCCGCUCUCUGGCUCACACGAGACGAGUGCGCAUUGAAAAGCUGCAAGAAAUUCUCAGCCAAAAGAGCAAAGGGAUUGGCGAUGCUGCAGUGACAUCACAAACCUGUGCUAAUCAGGACGCUGGAUCAUCAUCGCCGUGGCAACAACCGCAGCCUCAACAGCAGCAGAGCUCCAAAAUCAGUGCACCCUCCAAUGCCUCCACUUCCGCUCUGCCCUACACCCCCUACCCUGUUGCUCCCCCCUCAGCUUCCACAGCGGCCAGCACUAAUCCUAGCACAGCAUUUCAGCCCUACCCCAGCCAGGGUCCCACCUUCCCUCCAUCAACAGGCUACACAGCUCCCAGGCCUGCAUUUGGUCCUCCCACUUGCCCAUACCCCACCCAACCACCAUUUCCUGCCCCACCUUUUGGGCAGUUUGGUCCCACGCCUGCCCCGUACCCCGCUCCAUAUGCUUAUGGAGGGUACAACUACCCCACAGGCCCCCAUGGCCCAUCAAACCAAUCACCCAGAGCUAAUAGGCCAGCUUUUGGGGUACCACAACCAUACUCUUGAGCCACUCUGUGUGUGUCUGUCUUUUUUCUUAGUCUCACCAUCCUCCCUCUCGUCUCUCUCCCUCCUUUAUCCUCCUGUUCUACCUUUUCCUCACCCUCAGAUUUGUGGUUUGUGUACCCAUGUCACAUUCUGUUCCUGUCUGAGG